GUUUCGUGCCCCGUACAUCCGGUCGGCCCGACAACACGCCGCUGUUGACUCGCUUGAGCUGGGCGGAUGAUGAUGGAGCGGUAAAGUUCACGGUAAGAUGUGUGUGUGCUGUUUGGAGAUUUGGGAUAAACUGAUUGAGGACAGCAGCUAACCCACGUAUGGCCUGCGAGUCGGCGUUACCUGCCAUCAUGGACGAGCAGGCCCUCAUGGGACUGAACCCCAACGCCGAUGCCUGCUACAGGCAGAGGGCGCUGGCAUAUUUUGAGCAGUUGAAAGAGUCUCUGGAUGGAUGGGAGGUGUGUGCUGAAGCCCUGGCCAAAGGGUUUUACAGUGACGAUCAUGUAAAGUUCUUCUGCUUUCAAGUCUUGGAGCACCAGAUUAAAUUCAGACACGGGUCGCUCACUGCAGCUCAACAGCAGCUGAUCCGAGAGACCCUGAUGAAAUGGUUGCAGGCUCAGUUGAUGAAUGUGCAUCCAGAAAAGCCCUUCAUCAGGAAUAAGGCGGCGCAGGUUUUGGCCCUGACAUUUGUGAUGGAGUUUCUGACAUUAUGGCCCAAGUUCUUCUUUGACAUCCUCAAUCUGGUGGGACUGAAUUCGAAUGGUGUGGACAUUUACCUGCGCACACUGAUGGCUAUCGAUGCUGAGGUGGUUGAUCGGGACAUCCUGCACAGUCCUGAGGAGACACGCAGAAACAUUCUGAUCAAAGACACCAUGCGUGAGCAGUGCAUCCCGGCGCUGGUGGAGUCCUGGUUUCAGAUCCUUCAGACGUACCAGCACACCCACAGCGAGCUGACCUGCCAGUGUCUGGAGGUAGUGGGCGCGUACGUGUCCUGGAUCGACCUCAACCUCAUCGCCAACGACAGGUUUGUGAAUCUGUUGCUCAGCCACAUGUCCAUUGAGGAGCUGCGUGAGGAGGCGUGCGAUUGUCUGUUUGAGAUCGUCAAUAAGGGCAUGGAACCUGUUGACAAAACCAAGCUGGUGGAGACUCUGUGUCAGGUGCUGCAGUCUGCAGGGUUCUUCAAUAUCGAGCAGACAGAUUCUCUUGUCUUUGGUUUUCUCAUCUGUCACGUCCAUCAGGAGGAGGAUGUGGAUUUUCUGGCUAAGUUCUCUCGGUUGGUUAACGGGAUGGGUCAGUCUCUGGUGCUGAGCUGGACUAAACUCAGUAAGAUGGUCGAUGUGAAGGUUUCGGUGGAAACGUUGCGUGCUGUGGAGGGGAAGGUUCCUCUGAUGCUACAACUGCUAAUUCAUGAAGAUGAUGAUAUUUCAGCCAACAUCGUGGGCUUCUGUUAUGACUACCUGCUUGUUCUCAAACAGCUUCCAGCUCUCAGUGAGCAGCAGAAAACAAACGUGGAGGCGAUCAUGCUGGCUGUGAUGAACAAACUCAAGUACGAUGACGAGUAUAACUUUGAGAAUGAGGGCGAGGAUGAGGCCAUGUUUGUUGAAUACAGGAAACAGUUAAAGAUGUUGCUGGACCGACUGGCUCAAGUCUCUCCUGAGCUUCUGCUGGAAGCUGUGCACAGAGUCUUCAACGCCACCAUGCAGAAUUGGCAGACGGUGCAGUUCAUGGAGGUGGAGGUGGCCAUCAGGCUGCUGUAUAUGCUGGGUGAAGCUCUUCCUGCGUCUCACGGAGCACAUUUCUCUGGAGACACCACGAAAACCAGCACGCUGCAGUCCAUGAUGAGAACGCUGGUCUCCUGUGGCGUGAGCGAGUAUCAGCAUUCCUCCGUGACUCUGGAGUUCUUCGAGACCGUCGUCCGUUAUGAUAAAUUUUUCCUGGUCGAGCCGCAGCACAUUCCCAGUGUCUUGAUGGCGUUUUUAGAUCAUCGUGGCCUGAGGCACAGCAGUCCAAAGGUGCGCAGUCGAGUGGCUUACCUGUUCUCACGCUUCAUCAAAACCCUGCAUAAACACAUGAAUGCAUUCAUCGAGGACAUACUCAGCAGAAUACAGGACCUGUUAGAGCUCGCUCCCCCGGAGAAUGGGUUUCUGGCUCUGCUGAGCAGUGAUGAUCAGCUGUUCGUGUUUGAGACGGCCGGCGUGCUGAUCGUGAACGGAGAGAGUCCAGCCGAGCGAAAGCAGGCUCUGAUGCGCAGCCUCCUGACGCCGCUGAUGGAGGCGUUUCACAUGCUGCUCGCAAAGCUGCCGCAGGAGGCCGAUGAAGAGAGACAGGCAGUGCUGGCCGAUUGUCUGAGUCACGCUGUGGGAUUCGCCAGUCGCACCAGUAAGGCGUUUAGUAACAAGCAGACGGUGAAGCAGUGCGGCUGCUCUGAAGUGUAUCUGGACUGCCUGCAGACCUUCCUUCCGGCGCUCAGCUGUCCUGUCCAGAGAGGGCCUCUGCGCAGCGCCGUGCGCUCCUUCCUCCACCGCAUGAUCAUCUGUCUGGAGGAAGAGGUGCUGCCCUUCAUUCCAGCUGCGUCGCAGCACAUGCUGAAGGACUGCGAGCCCAGAGACCUGCAGGAGUUCAUCCCGCUCAUCAGUCAGAUCACUGCCAAGUUUAAGAACCAGGUGUCUCCUUUCCUCCAGGAGAUCUUCAUGCCUCUAGUGAUGGCCAUAUUCGAGGUGUUGUCUCGUCCAGCAGAGGAGAACGACCAGACGGCUGCGUUAGAGAAGCAGAUGUUGAGAAGAAGCUACUUCAGUUUCAUUCAGACCAUCGCCAGCAGCGGCAUGAACGAGGUCAUGGCCAGUCAGGAAGCUGAAAAUAUCGAGCGUGUGCUGUUCACCAUCAUCCAGGGAGCCGUGGAUUUCCCAGACCCUGUCGCCCAGAAAACCUGCUUCAUUAUCCUGUCCAGACUGGUGGAACUAUGGGGUGGAAAAGAUGGUUUGGUGGGAUUUCCAGAUUUCAUCUAUAAGCAUAUCGUCCCAGCAUGCUUCAUGGCCCCUCUUAAACCAACCUUUGACCUUUCAGAUGCCCAGACUGUUUUGACACUGUCCGAGUGCACGCUGACUCUGCACAUGAUUCAUCUCAAAAGAGGGCUGGAGUGUAUUCAGUUUCUUCAGGAGUAUCUGCCUUCUCUGCAGGUCUCACCUGAAAUCACGCAGGAGCUGUGUCAAGUGCUUCAGCAGCCGGAUGUUAAGGUUCUGAAAAACUACAUGAAGGUUUUCUUCCAGCAGGCCAAACUUUAAAACUGGAACUGUCAAGCGGAGCGUUUUGGGAGCUCAGCAGUCAACGCCACUUACAGACCACCAUAACGACAGAGCUUAGCGUAGGAGCUACUUUUGCACUUAAAGAAGCGUAACCACACCCUUCCUGUCUGCGGGACACGGACCCCCAACAGGAGUCACGUGGUGAUUGGCUGUCACGUGACGUGAUCAAACCCCCACACCGACCUUGGCCCAAUCAGAGUUGUGCUCUCCAUGGAGGUUUAGCCACCUGGGCUGGAGGCGACGUCUGCGAUUGGACGAGACGCCAUACUGUAGGUGGGGUUUGUGAGGGUGGGCGGGGCUUCAGUCCUGAACACAAUUUCAAGGGAAAAUGCAUUUCCAUUUGAAAUACAACAGUUUUGGUAAUUGUUUGGAAGUAUGACUUAAAUGUUAAAGAAAAUUCUGGAAUGAAUUUAAUGAAAUGUUUUUUUUUUUUUUGUGCGCGAGCUUAAUUAAGAAGGGCCGGUUUAAGAAUAUUUAAUUGCUACUUUUUCUUUUUUUUUUAACAUGCAUAAAUGAAGCAUUGGUUUUAGUUUGACGUGAUGGGGUUAAUAAAUGGAAGUGCUCUUGAUGUUGGGCUUUUUGGAUCUAAAAUGUCUUUUUGUUUUACUUUAAUUGUUCUUAAACUGCUAAAUCAUCAGCAAUCCCCUCUAGUUUUCCAUAGAAUACGGCAUUCCCAUCAAAGCUGUUCUGUAACUCAUAUUGUUUCCGAACACUAAACGUUUGUCCGCUCCAUCACAGUCGUUUAAUGCCUUUAAAGCCCACUUGAAAUAUGCAAUGUAAUGUUAUGAACUGUGAAAAUACUACGAGGUGGUCUGAUCCUUGGAUCUGCAGUGGGAAUAUUUUGGUUAAGUUACGCUGCUAGCAAUUCUUGUUUGGAAAUGUACUUUGUGUAAAAAAAAA